AAUAUUCUUAAAGUGACUACAGGCACUUGGUUUAAAACCUAUGACAUGGUUUGCAUUAUUUAAAAAAAACAUUUUUUUUUAAUCUAGUCCAUCUUUCUUUUCUUUCUUUUAAACAAGUAGAACACCACCCUCGUACCCCCUCCAAGCCCCACCACCAAAUGGCUUGUACAAUUGAGACCUGUCCUUGGUCCAUUGAAUUAAGACCCUAACAGAGCCAGCUGUGCUGGGAUUCAAACUAAUGACCGCAGACACAGAAGGACAGUGUGGCAGCUGGUAGUUCUUUUUUCCCUGCCUCUUUAGUUCAGAUUGUAUGUGGGCAGUCUCUUAGCUCUCAGUUGUAUUGUGUUUGCUUACAGUUUAUACUCGGAUGUAUUGUAGACUUUCUCAGUACUUCAUUUGCUAAUUUCCUGUUCAUUUUCCUCAUAGGGCCAUAGCUGUUUUCUACUUUAGAGCAUUUGCAUGUUCAGGCACCCCUUGUUCACACAUUUCACAGUGUUUAAAUGCCCUCUGCUUAUAGGUAGUAUCGCCCUCCCACCCCUGAUUUGCAUGUCUUUAGCACUCCAAUUGCCCUUUUCCCUCGGCAUUUGUCACCCCCGUCUUUCCUCUUCCCUGGUUGUAACAGUUGGAGGAUAAUGCAAAGGAAGACGCUGCCUGGGAAUUCACCGUCUGUGGAAAUGCGCCCCAGAGAGGAAUAAAGCAGUCCUCACCUUGCUCUCCCCACCCGGACCCACUUUCCCCUCCCGCCUCGGCCCCCACCCCAACAUCACCAUCACCCCCUUCCCUCCCCCCCACCUCCCCCCCUUUCCCACCCAGGUGUCGGACCAGACGGUCCCCACUUCCACCCUGCACCCCUUCUUCCCCCCUUGCACCAUGAACACCAAUGUCUGCGUGGAGCCCGGGCCGAGCCCGGAGGCCCCGGGCUUGCCCAAGGAAAGCCACCUGCCCGAGGGGUCCCUGAACAGCCUUGUGGAUUACAACUCGGAGAUGGAGCGCUACCGCUCCUUUGCCACCUCCUUCUACAAGACCAACGGGGGCGCCUUCCCGCAGGCGGCCAAGAUCGCGCGCAUCACCACCCCCAUCUUCCCCAGCAGCGCCGCCGCCGCCGCGGCCGCCGCGCGCAUCGGCAUGUCCCCCUGGAACUGCGACAACGCGGCCACCGCCGCCGCCGCCACCGCCAUGCUCUGGGGCAGCGGCGGGGGCGGGGGCGGCGGCGGCGGCGGCGGCGGGGGCGGCGGCGGGGGCGGUGGGGGCGGCAGGAAAUCCUCCUCCGCCGCCGCCUCCUCCUCCGCCUCCUCCUCGGCGAUCCUCCCCGCCGGCGGCGGCGGCGGCGGCGGCGGUGGCGGCGGUGGCGGUGGCGGUGGCGGCGGCGGCGGCGGCGGCGGCAGGACCAGCAUGCACCACCGAAACGACUCCCAGAGGCUGGGGAAAGCUGGCUGCCCGCCAGAGCCAUCGUUGCAAAUGGCAAAUACUAAUUUCCUCUCCACCUUAUCCCCUGAACACUGCAGACCUUUGGCGGGGGAAUGCAUGAACAAGCUCAAAUGCGGCGCUGCUGAAGCAGAGAUAAUGAAUCUCCCCGAGCGCGUGGGGACUUUUUCCGCUAUCCCGGCUUUAGGGGGCAUCUCAUUACCUCCAGGGGUCAUCGUCAUGACAGCCCUUCACUCCCCCGCAGCAGCCUCAGCAGCCGUCACAGACAGUGCGUUUCAAAUUGCCAACCUGGCAGACUGCCCGCAGAACCAUUCCUCCUCCUCCUCGUCCUCCUCAGGGGGAGCUGGCGGAGCCAACCCGGCCAAGAAGAAGAGGAAAAGGUGUGGGGUCUGCGUGCCCUGCAAGAGGCUCAUCAACUGUGGCGUCUGCAGCAGUUGCAGGAACCGCAAAACGGGACACCAGAUCUGCAAAUUUAGGAAAUGUGAAGAGCUAAAGAAAAAACCUGGCACUUCGCUAGAGGUCAGAGGAGAUGAUUUCUUGUUUCCCAGUCUCCCCUCUUCCCUCCUCACUCCCCUCUCCUCUCCCCUCCAGGGCUUCUUGUCUGGCUUCAAGACGCAGUACCCUUUUCCUGAAGCUUCAUUCAGGUUGUAAGAUACAGUUGGUGGUGGUUUGCGGAGGGCAUGGCCUCUCCUCGCCCCCUCCCCACCUGCACUUCGCCUGGAACCGCCCUCCAGAUGCGGGAGGGCGCCCCUCUUUUUUUUUUUUUUUAGCUCCAGGAGGAAAACUAAUGUAAUUGGUUUGAAAAAUCAGAAGUUUCACAUUCAAUAUGGUCAGAAAUUUCCCUCGGUGGUUUAAAAUGCCCCCUUCCCCCUUAUUAUUAUUUUUAAAAGCAUCUAUGCCCAAAGGGUCGGAUACAUCACAUUCUAUGUACUUAUACUGGGCAAGAGAGACCUAUUAGUGACCCAGUUGUAACUGUGAGGACACAGUUUGUGGCACACAAGUCUACAUUCCCUUUUACACUCACACACACACACACACACACACACACACACACACACACACACACACACAGUGAUCAUUGAAACUAACAUGCAUGAAUUCAAAAGGGGAUUUUCUAUACUCUUCUAAUUUUUUUUUCCUUACCAUGACAAAAUUUUUCUGUUUUCCAUUUUAUUUUCUGCAUAGUUGGUAUUUUUUCAGAAAGGGGAAAUAGUAGAGAAAACUGAACACCACUUGCAGUUUUUUAAGGAGAGAUGACAAUUUGUAGCAGGUGAGAUGGUAGUUUUAUUUAAGAAUGAUUUUAUUUACAUAGUUUAGAAACUAAGGAUUCUUAAAACUCAGUUACAAAAAAUAUAAACUUGGGUUUCUGUGUUUAACAAACCACUCUGUGGUUACAAAAUCGUUCUAUACAUCAAGCACUGUUUUGGUUGAUACACUAUAUGGUCAAUGACAGUUUCUUUUUUCUGUGUGUGCUUAAAACUAUGUACAGAUUAUCACUAAAGUACUUGUUAAAUUAGGCUUUCGGUUAUGUUAAACAAAAAGAUCGAUGUGUUUGGUGGAAAUUUCAUACAGUGACCUGAUCACAACAAAAGGGGAAAAACAGAAAAUCAGAAGUAAAUGGCUUUGGUGAUAUACUUAGUAAUGAAAUAUGGACAGAUAAUCAUAUUUAGCCUCUUGAUAUAAUGUACAGAGUAGAUGGCUAAAUGCUCAUGUAUAGGUGGUGGAUUAGCAUUAGGGAAUAUUCUAUGGGCUGGACUGUAGGCUGACAGUGGUUCUCACAAGUUCUCAUCAGAGGGAAACCUGCAUAUUCUUUUUAAAAAUUGUGAACAAUGCUUAAAGGAGUUUUCUCCAAGAAGGACUGGCCUUUGAAAGGAGAAGAGUUAAAGAUCUUUGCAGGUUUGAACAUAAAUGAGAUACAGAUCUUUUUAAGUUGUAUUAAUAUAAAUCAAAGCAAGUAGCACUUUGUAAUUCUCCUCAAACAAAUAUUAUGCUGAUAUCAUCAUCGAUUAUGAUCAAUUCCAUCAAAAUAUUGCAUUUAUUCCUCCUUAUAAGAGAACCCAUGUCUGCUGAAAGUUUGACUUUAUUCUAGGGUGGUUUAUUACAUUCCCUUUGGCAACUCUUCUUAAGCAAAGAUAAUAGCAAUCAUAAAGGCAUAGAUCAUGUGUUUUCUUAGGUGGCAAAAAUUUGUUUUUAGCUUUGAAUGAUCUUCUCUGGAUUAAUUUACUAUAACUUCUAAGGCCCAUGGGAAAUUAAAAUUCAGUUCAUACUUAAAUCUUCUGUUAAUGUUUAGUUGAUGAGCACUACCUGGGUUUAAUUUUUUUACCCUUGAACUAUAGCAUCUAGAAUUACAGGUUUGCUGUGGUUAAGUGGACUUCAUCUUUAGCUAGACCUAUGUACUGCCUGCACCCUGAUUUAUUGUAUGUAGUAGGACCACUGAAUAAUUCUGAUUUAUUUAGUAAGCAACCUCUCUGAACAAGUUUAAUGUGAAUACCAGUAGGUUUUCUGCAAAAGUUUCUAUGCUGGUUUAUUAGUCUAGAACUUCAUAAGUUUCUUUUUCUUCCUUUUGAUAGUAUUCCCCAAAACUUCUUGUGAUCUUUAAGUUCCUUAGGGUUUUUUUUUUAAUCACAAAAUUCCAUAGUAUUACUUUUUCUUCUUUUUAAAAAUUCGCGUGCACAAAGUUCUAUUGAUCUUCAGAAAGUGGGAUGUAGAUGAGAGGGGAAACGUAUUUCUCUCUUUGUAGAGCUCUCUGAAGAUGUUCUCCUAAGUAUAUACCCUUUCCUACCAGAGAAUGGUUCUUGGUUCAAGGCUAAGGUUAUUAGUGGAAUGCAAUUUGGCAGAAAGAAAGAAAAAAAAAAUCAAUUGGCUAAGAUUCUAUCUAGGUCAUUUUUAAAAGGAGAGGCUGCAUGAUUGCCUUAAGCACAUGUGUAACCACAGUUACGGUUGUAGGAAGCCAGCUGGACGCAUGUCAGAGUGACAGGGUUUACAUGACUGAACCAGAGCUGAAACAGUGGUUGCAGGAUGGUGCAAAGUCCCCCUGCUGACCUGCCUCCCUCUCUAAUUUGGUUUCUGUAACUUAUCAUCAUCUGUGGAGAUGUUUUAGAUGUCAGAUAGACUCCGGAGCUGAGGAUAGUAAUUUGGAGAUUCAUUAUGGAUAUUACCUGUGGAUUUCAGGUGUAAGUUCAGUAGCUAAUAUUUAUUGGCUUUAAAUUAAUAUCUGGAUUAUAGUCAUUGCUGAUACCAGUAUUUAUCACUUCAAGCCCCACGUGCUCGUCUUCCCUUUGACUUAUUCUCAUGCCAAGUUCUGGAGGCAUAAUCAGAUUUUCAGGGUGAGUAAACUGAAAUUAAGACAGACUCACAUGGGUGUGUUGGGCCUCUUGCCCACAUUUUUUAAAGCCUCCCCUCUGGCAUUCCUUUUAAAAUGGCUUUACUUAUUUCCACAUUUUCCUGAUAAGUCUCAUGUGAAGAGCAUCUUAAUUCCUUAAAAAUAUAUUUACAAAAUCACCACUUUAUAGUAUUUCAUAUGAUAAAAAUGCACAUAAAAUAAAUUUAGCUUUUUGGUGUUAUUGUUUAUUGUAUAGUUGCAUAUAACACUAUUCAUUUAACCAGUCGCUGUACUAAAAAAUUAUCACUGAUUAUUCAAAGCAGUCAUGCUGUAUGCCCCUGUGUGACAAAACUGAUCUUAAAAACUUGUAUCCUAAAUGGUUAAUAUUAAGUUCUGAAAUAUUUUAAGAAAUUAUCAUAUAUCAUGAUGUGUUCUAUGAUAGACCUUUGUCUCAAAGAAAAGUAAUCUCAUACAAAGGUAUUCCUUUAGUUUUUAUAUUCACAGCAGUUACAUUUCUUAUACUAAGAUCUAACUUUUCAAAAUCCCUCUACCUAAUCUUACUCGAGGGAGAAAGUCAUCCCGAGGGCUACCCCAGCUUCUCUUAGCCCCUGAGCGUUGUUCAGGUGACAUGAUUGAUCUCUGUGGGACAGCAUUAGAGACCACACAGAUCUGGUUUCUCUCCCAUUAGCUGAUUUAUGGAAUUACAUUAGUCAGCAGUGCCUCAGAAGUGUUCCCUGCCCCUCUCCUGGCCCUCUGCUGCUGGGUGCAGGAGCCGGACGAGGGACUUAGGCAUUAGAGUGAAGAGGUGGAGAAACCGGAGUCAGGAGAAAGACAGUCUUUUUUUCCUCUCUUUUCUUUUCUCUAUUUUCAAAAUUUAUCUGCUGAAUGUACAGGCCCUAAAUUAUUUUCCCCAAGUUAGGUCAAGCUCCUAAGGGGUCUGGUGGAAAACAUCCAGGUACUGUCCUGCACUUGAUAACUGGAUUUAGAAGAGUCUUUUAAAGGAGGAUGUUAAGUUCUCAGAGCCCCAACCACACAGAUGGCAAUUGUGAGUCUGGACAGAGCGUUGACUGCAGUUUGUGCAGGAAGGUGACACAUGCUCCCCAAAGAAAUGCAUUUGCUCAGUUCAGUCGCUUAGUCGUGUCCGAUUCUUUGAGACCCCAUGAACCGCCACAUGCCAGGCUUGUAGAAACACACAUAAAAUAGUUGUGUCACUCAGAUUCAGAAUCUGAAUGGUUAAAUAGUGAAACCUGUCACCAAUUAAACAUGUCAUAUAAAUUCUUACAGUUGGUGACUAAAAAAAAACUAGAGGUAAAAUAUGAAUGUUUCAUAUCUUAAAUUGUGAUAUAUAGCAGUUUAUUAUUUUAUAUCAUAAUUCAAAAAUGGGUUUUCAGAUUGAAGAGUCAGAACUGUGCCAGUUUUGAUUGGAAAAUGUAAAUAUAUAACUAUUGAAAGAGGAAAUAUUUCAAUAAAUUCAAACAAAAUGAUAAUAUAUUAACACUGGAAUGUAGUAUAGAAACAACAUAGAGAAAAGAUCCAGAAUUCCACAAAUGUUAAGAAAAAAGCACAGAAAAGUUCAGCUUUGGCUGAAGUCAGAAAAUAGAUUUAUAGCCAAGGCAGCAAAGUGUUAUACAAGUCCAAUGAGAUUCUCUUUCCAUCACUAGAUUUAGUACAAGGUAGCCAAAGUUGUUUUUAAAAGAAUCACACAUUUUAAAAUAAUUCCUAAAUGAAAAUAAUUCUCUUUCCUAUCCAAACAUCAUGUAAAUUGUAAGCAAUCUUUUGGAUGGCUUUUAGGAAUAGUAAAGUGAAAAAAUUAAAAGCAUUUGUAAAUUAUCCUAUAAGAAUGUUUGUUUGAAAUUCAGUCAUCACCAUCACCAAGCAGAAUUUUUUAAAAAUCAGAAGCCAAUAAGAACAAAAACAAACUUUAGACUUUAAUCAUAUAAAACUAUUUGAGUAUUUUAAACAAGAAUGGAAAGUGUACCCAGUGAUGAGGUAGAUAAAAAUUACUUGAUUUUUAAACUUUUUAAUGAAUUGAUUACUGAAGCAUUGUUGCAUAUUUUUGUUAGUCAACUGUUUUCCUGGGUGAAUAGUUAAGACUUUUGCACAGUUCAGACUUACAGAUUGAUGAAUACAAGACAAUUUAUAAAAUAGUCUGUAAGACUGAAAAUUGAAAGGUGUGUCAAAAGUGAUAGGCGUUUCAUCCAUAUUUGCUCUAGAGUACACAGUAGGAGAUUGAAGAUCUAUGUCGGGGUGACUGUGAAGACACUGGUAGAAUAUUCCUUCUGGAUAUAAACAUAAAACAUUGCUGGAGUUUUUCCCAGGAAUAGGUUUUAGUGUGUCUUUAAAAAAACUCUUCCGAAGUAGUUGGUGCUCCUAGAACUUACUGUUCAAUCUGAGUUGGUCAGAUUGGUCUUAUAUUAGUUUACUUUUACUAGAAAACAAUUCAGGUUUUAUUUUUGCUUUGGAAAAACAUAACAAAAUGUCCUGUUAUCAAAACAUUUCAUAAGCAUGGAUAUGCUCAGUUUCUUAUGUUUAUUUUUAUUCAAAUUAUAGAAAAUAUUUAAAAUAAAUUCAUUCAUCAUAUAAAAAUCACUACCUAAUAGGUUAAAUUCAAGAUUUAUUGAAAGGCCCAUGUAAAAAUGCAAGUUGGAGAAAGGACUCCUUCUCUUUUAGUUUUCCUCUUAUUUUUAGAUUAGUUUUUAAAAAGUAAUAAUGAACCCAAAGUAAUGGUAAAGUCAUUUUAUAAGUGUGAUUUUUCAUUCACUGAUUAGAAUGUCAGAUGAUCUUGGCUGGGGAAGUAGAGCACUCUAGAAAAAGUCUUUUUUUUUUUUUUACAAAACUUGUUCUCAAGAAAGUACUUUUUUGUUGGAAUUGGUAUAAGUUGUGAGGAUUUGUGCAUAUAUAAUUUAAUUUCUUUAUUUGUCCUGCAGUGCUUCUGUUCAUUCUUAACAUACUUUUUUCAUUGAGCAUUUAUGCUAUUAUCCUUAGCAGUUUCAAAUUAUUGGAGGAGGGGCACAUGGGUGGUUUUAUCCUUCAGUCACAUCUUGUUCCAUCACAUGCAAACACCUGUCCUGAAAUUGAAUUAUUCUGCAGGGUAAUCGAAAGGCCUCCCUCCAUCCGGCAUCAUAUGCUUUCUGUUGUUUAUUGAGUUAUGUUGCACCAUACUUCAGAUGCGACAGCCAUUUAAUAAUGUUGAAGACUUAGCUCUGCAGGGGCUAAAAGGAUCCCAGCAGGCUUGUUAACUUCUGCUGUAAAACAUUAGGAAAAAUAUUUUUUCCUCUGUGAAACUUUAGGGCUUUCUCUUAAUUUAUUUCAAGAACAGGAGAAUCCAAAGCCAGAUAUGAGAAUGAGCCUGUGAAAUCUCUGUUUCUGUUUUUUGAUAGUUAACCUUUUUAUUUCAUGGUAUGUUUCUUACUCAAAAGACAGUGGCAAAGCAAACAACUGCUUUUUCAGAGAACUAAUGACUAAAGAUGAAUUUCUUUGGCUGAUAUAAAACCAAAUAUAAAUUCUAUUUAGAAAAUGUACUACUAGUUUCUUGGCUUUUCAUUUCUUUUAUAAUUAAAUUUGUAUUUGGGCCACGUGGCCACAUUUAGAUGAUAGGUGGUGGGAGGAGCUACCAGUUUCAGGUAUAACUUACCAAUGGAACAAUGUUAGCUCCAUCAGCAUAACUUCUCUGAACAUUUCCUCAACUGUGAAAUGGACAUAACAACAUCAACCUUCAUUACAACUCUUUGAUACUGUAUGUAGGUUCAUAUUCUCUGCAUCCUGAAAGAUGCUAUAUGAUUUCUCAUUCCUAAUUUAAAGUCAUCAAUAAAAAGUAGAGAAGAUGAUUAUAUUUACAGAUAAUUCUGUACACCAGAAAGUUAUUUGUAGUUAUCAGGAAUUAAAACCUAGAUAGAUUAUUUUGUGGUUUUGUUUUCUGAAUAUUUGUUUUAAUCGUACAGUUCACCAAAGCUCUGGCUUGAUUUCACUUGGAAAGGGAUAAACCUGAUAAACAAGUUUCCCUUGUUCUUGUACCUGUAUUGUCAAAAGCCUGGGAAAUCUGCAUAGGCUACCUAGUGACCUUUGUCACCAUGGUGAGCCAAUUUAGAUAAUUUAGUGCUCUUCCUCCUUCCUCACCAAAGGCACACUACUACCAUUAAUUUCUAUAUCUUUUAAUAAGAUUUUGUGUGUGUGUGUGUGUGUGUGUGUGUGUGUGUUUCAUUUUACCAACUCAGUACCUUUGUUUAGCUAUUUCUUUAUUUGGGCAGACACAGGGAGUUGUUCUAAAUGUGCAUUAGUGGGUUUAGGAAAAUCAUUGUAAUAAAUGGUUGAAUGCUUAUCACAAAUUCUGAUUGGAGAAUAUAUUUAACAAAUACUGAAAAAUUGUAGAAUUACUCUUGUUUCAGAAGAUAUCGGUGUGUGUGUAUGUAUGUGUGUGAGUGUAGGAAAUUAAAGUGGUAGAUAAAAAUUUUGUGAUUAAAAAAUGAACUGACUGUGCAGAGCUUUUUCUCUUAAGAAGAGAGCAUUUAUGAAAUGAAGAAAGUGAGCAAUAAUAGAAAAGGCUGGUGGUUUUCUGGGAGAAAAUAAUGUUAAGUCCUAAAAUAUUUGAAAUACUAACCAAGAAAGCUUUAAAAACAAGGGAGAAAGGAAUAUGCAAGCAGGCUGCAAUGCACUAUCUAGAAGGAGUUUUGUAAAGACAGGAUAUGGAUGUCUGCUUUGCUUCAGCAGUUAUAGAAGUUUUGCCGAGAAUGGAAACUAUAAAGAGGGGGAGAUAAUGUUUUCAUACUUGACUUAGUGCAUUUGGUUUGGAAGUCAGAGCUAAGUCUCAAGUUCAGUGGAGUGGCAGCUGACUCAGAGACAAGGAAAAACAGAUUGUGUUUUAGAUGAUGUUAUUAUAUUUACUUAUGCCUUUGAAACAUUUGGUAGAAUAAUUUCAGAGUGUAAGUAAAAGAAGACAUCCAAGAUGGGUGGAAAAUGGGAUCCUAUUUGGGUCUCAUUCUCAUCUAAAUUCAUGUUUCAGAGGACAUCCUGGAGCAAAUGAACAAAAGUGUCAAACUAUCAGGAAAACUGGGCUGAAAGUGCUGUUUCUUGCUCAAGGACUUAAAAAAAAAAACAAAAAACAAAAACCUCUGAAUGAUUGCUUGUAUCAAAAGGAUAGAGAUCAAGUAGGAUGAGAGAAGAAAGGGAUAAAUUUAUAGAUCAGGAAGCGUCAUGGGCAUUUCUGUAUAGUUCAGCAAAUCUGGCAAAUUCCAGAGAAGAUACAUUUUCUCCAAAACUUUAUAGAGUGAAAGGAGAUGAAAUGAAUUUUUCAAAGAAUAAUAGACUCUAUAAGUUUAAUUGUGUGGAAAUGAUGAUUUAUGAGUGACGGUGAAUCGGCAGAAAAAUAACUAUGCUGGGGGAAGACUUCUCUAUGGUAAAUGUCUUAUUUAUAGCUUAAAUGAAAUCAGGGUUGGUUUUAAUGGAGUCAAGAACAAGUAAGAGAUAAAAUUCUCAGUUCUACGUAGAUGGAUGCGAAGUGAGAUGUAGAAUCUUCUAACAAACCCUAAAUACGUUGUAUGCUCUAAUUUUCAUUCCUGAAAAGCAAAACAGAGAACACCAGCCUUUAAAAUUCCAAAGGGUAUAAAUAUUGGAUCUUCUAUAUAAGGCUGCUAUCUAUCUGUUGUUAAAUGUGUUAUGAUGUGGAGUGGUUUUCAGUUUUCCUCAUGUGAUGCUCUUCACAUGUAUCUGUUUUUUGUAUGGCUUGAAUUUGUAGAUAACACAUUGGUGGUAUAUGAGACCAAUGUGUUGGCUUAUGGCCAGGAUUUUUAGAAAGUAGGAUAGAUUAGAGUGGAGGAGAAAAUAUAUGAGUGCAUCACAUGUAGUAAGAACACAUAUUGUUAAGCCUCUGUUUUAAUUAUGUAUGUACACAUAAAUGAGUGUGCAUGUUCUAGGCUGCUGUGUGAAAUGUAUUUCUAACUUGGUUGCGGUAAAAAAAGUUUGAAAAACACUAAUUUAAUGACA